CGCUCAGCUGUUUGUAACAGUGCUAGAUAAUUUUUUAACUGUUAUCUUAAAAAAUUGGGAUUCAAAGUUAAAAAAUGAAUGCUGCUAUAUCUUUCUGAAAUUUAAAAUGUAUUUUCUUUCUUCUCACCGAAUAAGGAAAUUUAUCUUCAAAUAAUCAAAAAAGUGAAUACAUAUCACGCUGGUACAAGUAAUAAUGGCUGGUGGACUGAGUGACCCGAUAGAUAAGAAAACCGAUAUAGAGAGAAAGUUGGAAAAAGAGAGAAAUAAGUUAAAGAUUCUCCGAGAGAAUGUUAACAAAAGUAACCAGAUAACUGAUUCUAUAACAGGUAUCUUGUCUUCAUUUGAACAGAGGCUCGGUCGUCUUGAAGAGACUAUUCUCCCUGUUUAUAAUGAGACUGGAAAUCUUCAAAGAAGGCAGCAAAAUAUUGAACGAGCUUUGGCAUCCCUCGAUCAUGUCAUCAGUUAUUAUAGUAUCGCUGAAGAAGUGGAUGGUAUAGUUAGAUCAGGCCCUACGCCUGUUGGUCUUGAUGAGUACAUAAAUGUUAUGAACAAACUGAAAAAUGCUUUAAUCUAUUUCGAACAGAAUAAUCCACAGAGUGUCGAGUUGGAUAAUGUUUCAACACUUGUCAAUGAUGGAACAGACAAGUUGUGUCGUGAAUUUAAAGAAACUUUGACGAAGCACAGUCGGUCGAUACCACCUAUUACGCUCCUGGAUAUGGUAGCUACUGAUGAUGAUAUUUCUGACGAUGUCUCUGUCGGAAGUGCAACAGGCCUUCCAGAGACUGUAACGUCCGAACUAGCUUCCCUUGCUGCAUGGCUUUUGGCACAAGGCAGGACCGAAAUCCUUGAAACUUACUCCAAGCUCAGAGGAGCAGUGAUGCUUAAAUCUAUCAAUCAGUUGAGAGAACAACACAAAAGUGGUUCUGGAAGCAGUGUGCAAGGUUUCACGCAACAUUCGCCCAGUAUGCGACCUAAAUUUCCAAAACAUGAAACACCUGGAAGGAGUGCUUCAAAGAGGCUUCAAGCUGUGUUUGAGAAGAAAGCCAACAAAAUGCUUCUUAAAGCAUCACAAACUAUUGAAAAUUCUACAGGACUUGCUAUUGGAGGAAGACGAGGAACAGUGAUACAUUUAGAAAACAGAGAGGACGUUAUUGAUGAGCAAGAAAUGGAAGGAUAUCUGAUGUGCGUGAUAGCCGUACAGCGGCUCAUGCAAGCAGAAAGAUCUUUAAUGUCGCAAGUUAUUCCAGCUCAGCAUCAUAAUUCAGUUUUUCAGUCAGUGGUUCAAGAAUCUGUUGACACCAUCGUUCAGAAUGGAGAGAACAUAGCAAUGAGAGCAAAGAGGUGCAUAUCUCGUCAUGAAUUUGGGUCUGUUCUUGUCAUAUUGGCAAUUCUGAAGAACUUGAUUGCUAUCCAGCCCGAAUUUGAAAAAACUACAGAGGCUUGCGAUUUCAAUGUUCGAUCUCAGUUUUCUUCCAUCCUUAGUAUUCUUCAGACAACUGCAUGCAAAGGGCUCGAAGAAGUAGUGGAAAGUUUGAGAAGUGAGAGUAAUUCCGGAGGGCUUCCAAAAGACGGAACCGUUCACGAACUCACUUCAAAUAUGCUCGUUCUUCUUUCACACCUUAUUGACUACAAAGACACUCUUGGACGAGUGCUUGGCGGAGAAUCUGCAUAUAUACGGGAUCUGUCGCAGAUAACGCCCAAACCUCAAGACACUAAUGCUGCCCUUUUAGGGAUUUACAUCAAGAAAGUAGUAUCGCAGCUGAACUGCACCCUGGUAUCCAAAUCAGAAAGCUACCCCGAGCCUGGAGUGAGGUCUUUGUUUAGGCUGAACAAUUGCCACCACGUUCUCAAAGCACUCCAAAGGUCCCAGCUUCUGUCUUUGGUACAGAUCUGUGAGCCUGACUGCCAAGCGACGUACCUCGACAUGAUACAUGCCCACAAGAAGGCAUACCAGACAUGUUGGAAUAAAGUCCUCGGUCAUAUCAUCAAUUUGGAAGAUGUCCCUAUUGCUCCUGGGAAAAUGAAAGAUAAAGAUCGGAACACAAUUAAGGAGAAAUUCGCUGGUUUCAAUAAGGAAAUGGAAGAUAUCUCCAAACUCCAAAGAGGUUAUUCAAUACCUGAUGUCGAAUUGAGGGAAUCGUUGAAGAGAGACAAUAAGGAAUACGUUCUUCCAAAAUAUAAUGCAUUCUACGACAGGUAUUCAAAUGUGCCAUUCACUAAAAAUCCAGAGAAAUAUGUCAAGUAUACACCAGAUAAAGUGGCUUCGAUGAUCGACAGAUUCUUCGACCUCGCAGCCUAAACAUGAACUGUUUAUAUUUUAUAAGAAAAUGUUUUUAUUAAUGAUAAAGAAUUGUUAUAAUGUUUUUAUAUUAUUUAUAUUUAUUAGAGAAAUAAAUUGUUAUGAUUUAUU